AAAAAAGCUCGCUAAAGUAGCCUCUUAAAAGCCAGUCACAUUCAAAUGUAGCUGUCCUUCAUACCUUUAAUAACAAUGUGCUAAAAUUUUGUUUUUUUUAUUAUUAUUUUAUGCUUCUCGGUGUUACAGUAUUUCUGUCUUCUGCCUGUUCUCUCCCACUUUAGAACCAUGCCUAAAUAUAAGAGCAGUGUCCGUUGUAAGACCAAAAAAAUAAAAGUAACUCGGAAAACCAUCGGUGCUCGGGCGAAAUAUUCCUACAUUCCCUCACAUGCAGGCUCAUCUGACACCAACACUGUUUUUCCCUCAUCACAUGAUAUUUGUACUGAAAACUCAAAGAAAGAAGGGACCGCGUAUACCAGGGCAAAAAGGAAGGAGCUGAGCCUAUGGGAUACACUAAAAGAUCAGGUCUUGGAAGAGUCCUAUAAGUCCUCCGCUCCUUUCUCUGACAUGUGCUCUGUGUGCAAGAAACCUGGAGUAUACCGCUGUCUGGAAUGCAGCAGAAGCAGUGUUUUUUGCAAGGAUUGUGUCUACACAGUACCCAUAAAUUCUUUGCACCUCCCUGAAAAGUGGAAUAAAACCUGCUAUGAGGCUGCUUUCCAGCAGUUGGUGUUGCAUUUAAGUGGGGAUCACAGUACCCAUGUUGUUUACUCCAGAGAUGUAAAGACUUUUGUCAACACAGGUCAUCUCAUUAAUUGCACAGUUUCUUUUUGUAAAUGCGAACCUGAGGUCUGCACUCUUCUGAAGUAUGGCCUUUGGCCUGCUUCACCGGAGAAGCCACAGGCUGCUUUUUCAAUGGCUCUUCUUGAGCUAUUUGUCCAUCUUUCUUUGGAGUGCCAGGUCUCUGUAGAGGGAUUCAUCAACACCUUAUGGUGGAAAAACAAUCUUACUGUUAUGGAGGUUAAUAUGCUGUACAGAGCCCUAGUAGGAGAGUCUAUUUCCCAGUUUCGCCAUUAUCACUUCCGACGAAGAGAUUGUUCCAAGAUGGAAGAGGAACUAUGUGAUGAAGCUGACCGAAAUCAACCAGCUCAGGUAUGAUCCUUUUUUGAAUACCAAAUCAGUAGGCAGAUUGGUGGUGUGUCUGUAAUGAUGAGGGUGCUGCAAAGGUCUGCAGUUUUCAAGACAUGUAGUAAAUACAAAAAAAUGUAGUCAAAUGUCUCGAUUUGGUGGUUGUUCCA